AUGAGGGCCAUCGGUCUGCUGUGUCUCCUGAUUGUGGUUGAGGUCGGCGCCUCUCAGGUUAUCCGUGAGUCCGAGGACGACCCCGAAUCCACAGAGUCGUCGGUGAACAACGCCUCGCUCCUGUUUCCACCCCCGCGAGUAGGCCGACCGCGGGCCUAUUUCCCCCCAAUGUGCAUACGGCCCACGGAGAUCAAGCAUGCCUUCAUCUACGUGAACACCAUCGUGUCCUGCCUAAUCUUUGUGGUGGGGCUGAUCGGUAACACGACGCUGCUGAGGAUCAUCUACAAGAACAAGUGCAUGAGGAACGGACCCAAUGUCCUGAUUGGCAGCUUAGCACUGGGAGACCUGCUUUUUAUUCUCAUCGCCAUCCCCAUUAACGUUUAUAAGCUAAUAGCGAAGGAUUGGCCUUUUGGUGUGUAUAUCUGUAAACUGACGCCAUUCAUCCAGAAAGCUUCGGUGGGCAUCACUGUCCUCAGCCUGUGUGCACUGAGCAUUGACCGCUACCACGCGGUGACGUCAUGGAGCAGAGUGAAGGGGAUGGGGAUCCCUCUGUGGAAAGCAGUGGAGGUGACGCUGAUCUGGCUGCUUGCCGUGGUGCUGGCGGUCCCCGAGGCACUGGCGUUUGACAUAUUGGAGAUGCCACACAGAGGCAACAAGAUACACAUCUGUAUGCUGCAUCCAGAGCAGAGCACUGCCUUCAUGAAGUUUUACAGGGAUGUAAAGGACUGGUGGCUGUUUGGUUUCUAUUUCUGCCUUCCAGUGGUUUGCACUGGGAUCUUCUACACGUUGAUGUCCUGCGAAAUGCUCAGUCGUAAAAAAGGCAUGCACAUUGCACUCAAUGACCAUAUGAAACAGCGAAAGGAGGUUGCAAAAACUGUGUUCUGUCUUGUGUUGAUUUUUGCUCUCUGCUGGCUGCCACUUCACCUCAGCCAAAUUCUGAAGAUGACAUUGUACGACCAAAAUGACCCCUACCGCUGUGAGCUGCUCAGCUUCCUCUUAGUGAUGAAUUACAUUGGCAUCAACAUGGCCUCCCUCAAUUCCUGCAUUAACCCGUUUGCCCUCUACUUUGUCAGUCAGAAGUUCAAAAACUGCUUUCAGACGUGCCUGUGCUGCUGGUGCUACAGAUCAUCUUCCCUAGAUGAUCGAGGCUCAGCUGGACACUGGAAAGGCUCUUGUAAUGGCAAUGGGCUGAUGCGCACCAGCUCUCGUUCCAGCUCCAGCCAGAAAUACCGUAGCUCCUCAUAAAUAUGCACGUGUAUACCCGCUGCAAAGCUCAUGUUCCUUCCAGCCUCCAUCAUCAUGGAAAAAUGAACACUGUCACCAGACAGGAAACCAGAGUAAAGAAGAGUGAAGAAAAGACAGAGUGAGGUAGAAGUCACAACAAAUGGAUCCAAACUGGAGAAUAAAACAAGACUACCUUUUUGGGCAGUAAAAGUAACUGCAAAGACUAUACAUCAGAGUCCUGUGCUGAGGCGCGAGUACAAGUCUGUAUUUUUCUCUGUAUAAAAAUAUGCUAAAGAUGUGUAUCUGAGCCACAUAUGAAAAACAUUAUUC